GGAAACCAGAUUUUCUUGCCUAUCUAUCUUCACGGACGAACCAGAUUCCCCGCCCGAACCAGAACCCAGAAGAAGAUCGAUCGAUCCUUCCAUUCUCUCUCUGUCUCUCGCGUGCGUGCGUGCGCGUUCUGGAUUCAUUCAUUCGAGAAUUUGUCUGCAUCUUCUGGUGGCCCAGGAAUCAGGACGAAAAUGUUUAUAGACAGUUUUAAGGUCGAGAGUCCCAAUGUGAAGUACACAGAGGGAGAAAUUCACUCCGUUUACAACUAUGACACAACAGAGUUAUCUCAUGAGAACAGGAACGGUUCUUAUCAAUGGACUGUCAAACCCAAGACCGUCACCUACCAAUUCAAGACCGAUACACGCGUGCCUAAGCUUGGGGUUAUGCUUGUUGGUUGGGGAGGUAACAAUGGAUCUACCUUGACUGGUGGUGUUAUUGCCAAUCGAGAAGGAAUCUCUUGGGCAACAAAGGACAAGGUACAACAAGCCAAUUACUUUGGUUCUCUCACUCAAGCGUCUUCAAUUCGCGUUGGUUCAUUCAAUGGAGAGGAGAUCUAUGCCCCCUUUAAGAGCUUGCUUCCCAUGGUGAAUCCGGAUGACAUAGUGUUUGGAGGAUGGGACAUAAGCGAUAUGAACCUUGCUGAUGCCAUGGCUAGGGCCAGGGUCUUUGAGAUUGACCUGCAGAAACAGCUAAGGCCUUACAUGGAAUCCAUGGUUCCACUUCCAGGUAUCUUUGAUCCGGACUUCAUUGCUGCUAACCAGGGGCCACGUGCCAACAACUUGAUCAUGGGCACAAAGAAGGAGCAGGUCCAACAAAUCAUCAAAGACAUUAGGGAGUUUAAGGAGAAGAACAAAGUAGAUAGUGUUGUUGUGUUGUGGACUGCCAACACUGAGAGGUACAGCAAUGUGAUUGCUGGGCUAAAUGACACUAUAGAGAAUCUCUUGAAUUCCAUGGAGAAGAAUGAGGCUGAAAUCUCACCUUCUACAUUGUAUGCUAUCGCUUGUGUUCUUGAGAAUGUUCCCUUCAUCAAUGGAAGCCCCCAGAACACCUUUGUUCCAGGGCUCAUUGAUUUUGCAAUUCAGAGAAACUGCUUAAUUGGUGGAGACGAUUUCAAGAGCGGGCAGACCAAGAUGAAGUCUGUGUUGGUUGAUUUCCUUGUUGGAGCUGGUAUUAAGCCAACUUCAAUAGUAAGCUAUAACCAUUUGGGAAACAACGAUGGUAUGAAUCUAUCGGCUCCACAAACAUUCCGUUCGAAGGAGAUAUCGAAAAGUAACGUUGUUGAUGAUAUGGUUGCGAGCAAUGGCAUCCUUUACGAGCCUGGUGAGCAUCCUGAUCAUGUCGUAGUCAUCAAGUAUGUACCAUAUGUGGCGGAUAGCAAGAGAGCCAUGGAUGAAUACACCUCUGAGAUAUUCAUGGGAGGAAAGAACACCAUAAUGAUGCACAACACUUGUGAGGAUUCUUUGUUGGCAGCUCCAAUCAUCUUGGAUUUGGUCCUUCUCGCUGAACUCAGCACCCGCAUCCAACUUAAGGCCGAUGGAGAGGGAAAAUUCCACUCUUUCCAUCCUGUAGCUACCAUCCUCAGCUACCUCACCAAGGCUCCUCUUGUACCUCCGGGUACGCCGGUGGUGAAUGCUCUAUCGAAGCAAAGAGCGAUGUUGGAGAACAUAAUGAGAGCUUGUGUUGGUUUGGCCCCAGAGAAUAACAUGAUAUUGGAGUACAAGUGAAGUGAAGUGAAACAUACAAAGUCCAAAUGAUAUGGUUUUAUGGUUAGCCAUCAGCCUCUAUCUAGAGUGAGUUAAUGAGUUCAAUUUUAAUGGGCAUCCUCUAGAGUGAAUUGAAUUGAAAUGAAAUGGGGAAUAAUAAUAAUAAUACUAAUUACAUGUUUCUGUUAUAUCAUGGAUUUGAGCACAAAGUGAUAUAUCAGAUGUAAUGUCUGUGUGUGUGUAAGAAGGAAACUAUUGUUAUCUAUGAAUAAUUGUUAAGCCA